CUCUAUUCCCUGGUUACAAACUUAACCUAAAUGUCUAAACUGGUGGCCGGUGAGGCACAUGCAAGACACACAAUAAAACUGAGGGUUGCUAACUACAGGUGAAUAUAUUAAUAAUUAGGUUGUCUGUUGUUUAAGCCCUUAUGAAAAAUGCUACAACUUGUCGAAGAGGACCAGGUCAUUGAAUAUGCCGAAAAUUCCACGUGGCAAACAUCCAAAUUGAAGAAGGAUCAGAAACAACGAAAUGAAGAUACCUUGACAACACAAGAACGUGGCAAUUCUAAUAAUAUCAUAACAGACCGGACAUCCCAACACUUCUUGUGCAAAGGCAUAUAUCGCCGCUCUUGGCUUUUGUGUGAAACAAACAAGUGAAUAUAUAAGAAGAAUUUCUGGUUCUCUCUAUCACUUUGGCUCUUGGAUGGAAGAUUUUUACCUAAAACAACGUUGUGCCUGAUCAACAGGAAUAAACAUAGAAGAAGAAGAAGAAAACAUGGGUAGCUUGAAAAUAUCACCGUCAACAAGCACUAGCAGCCCUAAGAAAAACUCAAGAACACUUCAUGACCUGUUUGUGCAGGAAAAUCCUCAUUUUGCGAUCCCAUGUUCUCCUGCUUCAGGAAAUGAAGAACUUCUAUCUGCUAUAUCUUACUGCACCUUUGUGUUCACCUUCACUGAUCCUUCAGAAUCUCCUGCACAAAGAGACUCCAAGAGGUGCCAUCUAUCAAGGCUCAUCUCUAUAUUGAAGUCCUCCAAGAAGCCAGUGCAUGGCAAAGUUUUGGAGCCUCUUGUGAUCAUGAUCUCAGCCAAUCUAUUUAGGCCACUCCCUCCACCUGCUAACCCUUCUGCCAUCUCAGACUUGGCUGAAGAAGAAGACCCCAUCUCCACAUUUUCACCCCUUUGGUCACAUCUCCAAAUAGUUUAUGAAAUCCUUCUCAGGCUUGUUAACUGCCAAGAGCAUAACAUACUGAGAGAGUACAUGGAUCAUUCUUUUCUCCGCAAUCUCCUAGCACUAUUCCACUCUGAAGAUCCAAGGGAACGUGAGAGUUUGAAAAAUGUGUACCACAAGAUAUAUUCUAAGUUCAUCUCUGACCGUUCCUUCAUGAGGAAAAUAAUGACCGAUGUGCUCUUGAAUUAUGUGUUUGAGACAGAGAAGCAUCCUGGUGUUGGGGACUUGCUUGAGAUAUGGGGAACCAUAAUCAAUGGCUUUACCGUGCCACUCAAGGAAGAGCACAAGCUUUUCCUAAUGAGAGUGCUUAUUCCUCUGCACAAGACAAAAGGGAUGCUAGUUUACCAUAGACAACUGGCUUAUUGCGUAUCACAGUUUGUGCAGAAGGAACCUAUGCUUGGAGGUGUUGUUGUUAGAGGAAUUUUGAAGUACUGGCCUGUCACAAACUGUCAAAAAGAAAUCUUGCUAAUUGGGGAGUUGGAGGAUCUGGUGGAGAAUAUUGACCCUGACCAGUACCGUAAGUUGUCCUUACCCUUGUGUACGCAGAUUACAAAAUGCAUAAACAGUUGGAAUUCCCAGGUAGCUGAGCGUGCACUCUACGUAUGGAACAAUGAGCAGUUCGUGAAAAUGGCAUUAAUAGGAACUGUGGAAGUAUUUACUGUGAUUGUAGAAGGGAUGGAAAAGAACCUGAAGCGGCAUUGGAGCAAAAAUGUAAGGCAACUAACAGAAAGUGUGAAGGUGAUGCUGGCAGAAAUGGAUCCAGAUCUAUAUUCAAAGGGUGUCAUGGACAUGGAAACCAAAGAAUCAAUGGCAAAUCAAGAAGAUAUGAAGAGAAAAAAGAGAUGGGAAAUAAUAGAAUUGGAAGCUGCCAAGAAUCAGUUUUUCAAUCCACAACGAUAUAUACGUGUCUCCCACUGAACAUUAUUAAUGUAUGCAACUUUGUGCUGGCAAUACCAACCUUUCUCAAAUACAACAAUAAUUGCAAGGUCGUUAUUGUUUAUAAACAAAGACAAAUAUAAACCCAUCAAACCAGCAAUUGACAUUUGUUCGUCAUACUCACAACAGAAGACAAAUUGAUAACAAGCAAAUGAAUGAACAAAAUACAAAGAAACAGACA